AUGGAAGAACAAAUAGCUACAACAAAAAAUACAAAAAAUACAGAUAAUAUAAUUAUUAAUGAUGCUCAAACUUCUGCUCUUUCUCCAUCCACUUCCAUGAUUGAUAACAUAUUGAAACGAAGUUCUAUAUCAACAAUAGCUGGCGAAGUUGAGGAUGGAAACCAUAAAAAAUCAAUAAAAAGUAAUGACGACAAAUGCAAUCAUGAUAACAAUAACAACAAUAAUGAUCAUUCAUCAUCAGAUGUUGAACCUUCACAACAAACUUUUCCUUUCACCCCUCACCUACUUUAUCAUUUAUUUGAUCCAAAAAACUUGAGGUUACUAAAAAUUUUUGGUGGAACUGAUGGUAUAAUAAAAGGUUUACACACAAAUAUUGAAACUGGUCUAAAGAUUUAA